AUGUAUAAAUAUAUCUAUUCUUCUUCAAAGUUUAUAUAUAAUUGUGUCAUGGAUUUUAAAUCGUUUUGAUGAGUUUUUGAGUCAAGAUUAUUUUGCGUAUGCUGUUAAACUGUUUAAUUGAUUGUUUAUAUUUAAUUGUUCAAUUAAUAAUGUCAGGUAAAGUGCAAAUUUUCAAGUGGGGUUUGCGUGUUGUGUUCUGUCUUGUUAUCUUCUUAGUUUUAAUCAAUAUGAAAAGAAGUUUUAACUUGAAAGAAGAAGACAAUCUGAUAGCGACCGAACGUCAGGUGCGAACACAUAGAUACUUGAUUCCAGACAGGGUAAUCAAGAAGAAUAGUAUCGAAACGGAGAUUGAUAUGUUGCAGAUGGACGCAUUGAAGGGUGAAAUGAUCGAUCUAGAGAAGAGCGCGAGUCUGCUGAAACAGAUGUCAAACGUUUGUGCAAAGUACAACUUGAAGACUCCUCUUGUCAAAAGGCAUUUUUUAUACAACGCCCAACACAGAUCGUUAUAUUGUUGGAUUCGCAAGAUUGCAUCCACCAGCUUCACCAAAUUAUUCUCCGACAUGAGCAACCGUCGAGUCAGCCACAAUUUUUACAAAGAAGUGGACUUUUUGUCGCCAAAGAGUUUGAGAGAUCUCCAAUAUCUUGCUACCAACAAUACUGUCUUUAAAUUGCUCAUCGUCAGACAUCCGUUUCAACGGCUAGUCUCAUCCUAUAGAGACCGCAUCGAAGACAAUAGCAGAUAUACCGCACAAUCUUGGCUCUACGCUCGUCAAAUUCUUUAUCUUUCAAGACCGGAACUCUUUCGUCUCAACGUGACAGGUGACAACAUCCUACAGAGGAUAUUUUUGACAAAUAGAAGAUUAAAAGUGGUGCCCAGCUUCCGAGAAUUCCUGGUAUGGUUGUUGGAGCAACCUCCAAAUUUCGACGAUCACUGGUCUCAGUACCAUACUCAUUGCGCAGUCUGCAAUACGAGCUACAAUUUCAUCCUGAAACUAGAUGAAUACACUUUCGGGGAGGUCAAUUACGUUCUGUCGAAGCUGAAAUUGGACAAAAGUAAAGUCUACUUGCCUAAGCUGCAGCGCACUCGUGCUGGUAUCACAAACUUUGACAUAACAUGCAAGUAUUUUCAUAAUCUGACGACCGAUAUGAUUCUGCGGCUGUAUGAAAGGUACAAAGUGGACUUUGAGAUGUAUAAUUAUAAAGUAGACAAGUAUUUGCCUUGUGCUAAGAGAAAAAAUUAAUUCCGAUUUGACAAGAUAAUUAUAAAGCAACGAUAUAAUGCUCAAAAUAAAAAAUUCUUUUAAUA